UUCUAUGAGGACGCGGCGAUGCGACCGUGUAGCAAAUGUGGUUUGUCAGGAGCUGUUCUCAAGCGUCCGAAGACAGGGGAUGCACUGUGCAAAGAAUGCUUCUAUGUCGCCUUUGAGACGGAGGUGCAUGAGACGAUUGUGCGAGCGCACCUCUUUCAGCCGGGUGAUUAUGUGGCCAUCGCUGCAUCUGGAGGCAAAGAUUCGACUGUGUUGGCAUAUGUGAUGAAGCUGCUCAAUGAACGACACAACUAUGGGCUUCGGCUUGUGCUGUUGUCGAUUGAUGAAGGCAUUACAGGAUACAGAGAUGACUCAUUGAAGACUGUCGAGCGCAACCAAGAGCAAUACGGCAUUCCAUUGGAGGUGUUGUCAUACAAGGACCUCUAUGGCUGGAGUAUGGAUGAGAUUGUGGCCCAGAUUGGGCGCAGGAACAACUGCACUUUCUGUGGAGUGUUUCGUCGACAGGCGCUUGACCGCGGCGCAGCGAAGCUCGGCGUGAACAAGAUGGUCACAGGGCACAAUGCGGACGACAUUGCAGAAACUGUCGUUAUGAAUGUGCUGAGGGGGGACAUUGCCAGACUGCAACGGUGCACAGCUAUAACUACAGGAUCGGAAGGUGCCAUUCCACGAUCUAAGCCCUUCAAGUACACCUAUGAGAAGGAGAUUGUCAUGUAUGCCCACUUCAAGAAAUUGGACUACUUUUCUACAGAGUGCAUCUACUCCCCAAAUGCCUACAGAGGCCAUGCUCGGGCAUACCUUAAGGACCUCGAAGCUAUCCGGCCUACAUCCAUCCUAGACAUUAUCCAUUCUGGCGAGUGCAUGGCUGUGAAGGAGGGCGUCCGACUUCCUAAAAAAGGAACAUGCAGUCGUUGUGGGUACAUCUCCAGCCAGCAGUUCUGCAAGGCCUGUGUGCUCCUUGAGGGACUCAACCGAGGUGUGCCCAGAUUGGGAGUUGGUAAAAGCUCUAAAGACAAGGCAAAGUUUGCAGAACUGCAAGCACCAAAUUUGCAACACUCAGUAUCCCACGUUUCUGGAGCCAUGUCAUCAUCAUCGGCUCGCCAUAAUGCUUCAUUAGAGUGGUGACUCCAAGUGCAAAUGUCACCGUACAUUCUUGCUGUGUGAUAAUAUGACUCAGUAUUCUUGGCCUACCUGGACUAUUCUGUACCUAUUUCUAUAAGCCAGGUAUUCUCACUAGAUGUUUUAUGAAUUAAAGGAGCACUGACAUCACUUUGUUUAUUUUUUUUCUUUUCUUUAAUUAAAAGUUAUUGACUUCGACAUCGAAUAAAAAUAUACUGGCAAGUCUCAAAACACCCUGUAUAAUUCGUUAUAACAGCUUUUCUACAACCACUUUUGGUUUCAUUUCUCAGGAGGUGUAGGUGUCAUGAUGUAAUGACACAGAAAGUGGUCACAAUGUUUGUUGUGUAUAAAGCCUUCUGUGUAUAUAUCAUGUGAGUGCUACUGCCAUGUAAGGGACCCUGGGCCUCCAUCAAGCUGCUGCGACAGCUUUUUGCCCAGGUGUCCCUCCAGUUCCUUUUGUUUCUGGUAAAUAAAAUAGGCUGAUUGAUUGAUUAA